CCGAGAGCUCUCCAGAAAUACCGACAGGCGGCCGAGGAUGCGCCGGUAAUCCGCGCCGGGAGGAGAGAGGACGCCGCCGCCGCAGCCGCAGAGAGAUCCAGUCCGCUUGGUUCUGUUCCUGGAGAGCUUCGGUCCAGACAUGAUCGGAAGAGGACUGAUGGUGCUCACAGCGCUGAGCAGCUGCGUUCUGUCAUUGCCAGUGACUCCCAGUCAGCUGGAGAAUGAAGACGUGAAGGUGAUGAAAUGCAUCGUGGAGGCGCUGGCGGACGUUCUGUCGAGGCAGCAGCACGUUCCCGUCAGUCAGGACUGUCUGGAAACUCUGAAGACAGACGACCGGCUGGUCACCAUCCUCCGGCACCACAGCUUCCUGAAGGAGCUGCAGGAGAUCGCCGUCCAGGGUGACCAGGAGAGAGCUCAGCAGCAGAGAGACGCCGACACGCCGACGCCGACCCAAAGUGUGCCGACCACAGACGAAGCCGCCGAUCGAUCCAUGCUGGAGGCCCUGGGAGGCCCCGGAGAGAGAUCCAUCCUGUCCCAGCAGAGGGAGACCGGCAUGGGGGAGGCUGCAGGAGAGGAGGAGGAGGAGGAGGAGAAGCGAGCCAACUCAGGGGAGGAAGAGCAGAGCAAAGGUGGUGAACAGAGAGAUGCACUCAGAAACAAAUCUAAAGAGAAGAGGGUUCAUGUAGAAGAAGAAGAAGAAGAGGAGAAGAGGUCUGGUGUUGUCUCACACAAACAAGAUGAAGAUGAAGAGGAGGAGGAGGAGGAGGUGAAGAGAGGCAGCAGGGAGAACCCGAGGAGGUGGAGCAAGAGGACCAAGGCUUUACAGGUGAAGAGGAAGGAGGUGCAGCAGCAGCAUGAGGUGCCUCAUCACUCCAAAAAGCUCACAGAGGAAGAGGAGGAGCAGGAGGAAGAGCAGAAGAAGAAGAAAAGAGGAGCAAACCACAGGAGUCCAGAGGAGAAGGAGCUGCAGAUGAUCGCCCAGAGGCCGCCGGAGGAGGAGGGCAGCGCCAGCAGGAAGUCAGAGGAUCCUGAGAUCGAAAGUCUGGCGGCCAUCGAGUCGGAGCUGGAGAACGUCGCCCAGAAGCUCCACGAGCUGCGGCGAGGCUGA